CACCAGCAACAGCGCCAACGCCUUUGUUACUCGAUUGAUCUCUCGACAUCUCCUUUGUCAUAUUCGUCUCUUCUCUCACUAGCUCUCGCUGUCGACAUUCCAUCUCUCGCGAUAUUCACCAUUUGACUGUGUUACUUGCACAUACGAGUACAGAACAUACCCUUGUCACAUAAGCCGCCACAUACAAAUCUUCAAGCCACAUCCCACCAAAUACCGCACCGUACAAGAUCGCAAUAUUUCGAUCACCUACAUGAGCAGACACUGCCUUCAGGUCCGUCGUUGAGGGAUUCUGCUUGCCGUGGGGGCUUCGAGUUGUUACUGAAGAGCCUCGCCUCACGUGCUCCAUCAGCUCAUUCGUUUGACUCACGGUCACAUCUGAAGGACAAAAACUCGAAUUUGUCUUCAAGACGCGGACCAUUUCUUGUGCCAUUUGAAACAUCACCUACAGCGUCAACCACUUGACUACCGGCAGCUUGGUCCUCUCGGGUCAGGGGUGUUCACAAUGGCAUUCGGUCGAUCCGGGGAUCCGUCACAAGGCAAUCAAUCUGCAGCCACGCGCGACUUGGCGAUCAAGGGAUGGACAAAUUCGAAACUCGCAUCCACACCAGACCAAGGAGUUGCCUCGCUACUGGUGUUCCUCCGCAAGAAAUCUGGGGAUCGCCAAAUAUUGUCAAACAAAGUCGUCGGCCGCGCGAGCAAUGUCCUCAUUAUCACCGUCUAUGAAAACGACAAAGAUCGAUUUUAUCAUUUAAACAAUUUCCAGUGGGCCGGCAGUACUCUUACCGUCGAAGACUCGAGAUCUCCACUCGGCAAUAUCAAUCGAUUUCAGCAAAACCAGGCCCAUGAUCGGUCGCAAAAUCAUCUACCCCCAUCUCAACCAUCUCAACCAGCUAGGUCUACUUUUGGCCAGAAUGGCACAACCCCACAUGGUCGUCACCACCAGCCGCCCAGCGGACCUCGAGGAGGCGGAAACGCUCCCUACAACCAACCUCGAAACAAUCCCCGCUUUGGUGCGCAAGACAUCAACAAGAACGAUCCUCUCACCAACGAAGUUGAAAAUACCAUGAUCUCUGUCCUACGCAGACGCUACGACCCUUCCCUGAAACUCCUAAGUCUCAAUGCCCUCGGUGCCGACGACGAACUCCUACAAAUUCCUGGCAUACUCGGUUCCGACCCCGCAAAAGUCUUCGAAGCCAUCUUUACUCUCUGCAAAACCAAAAUUUUCGAAACCCCCAGCAAACGUGACGAGUCCGUCCACAGCAUUACACUGAGCGACAACGGCUUCGAAUCCGUCGAACAGAUCAUGUCUCUGUCAAGAACCUUUCCGCGCCUCCGAAAUCUCGACCUUGGACACAAUAAACUUGCGAGCAUGGAUUCCUUGAAGUUUUGGAAGAACCAGUUUCGUGAUCUGGAGCAUUUGAUCUUACAGGGCAACCCCGUCAACGAUCUACCGGAUACACUGUCGACUCUCCGCCAGUGGUAUCCAAAGCUCAAAUUGUUCAACAACCUUCCCGUCGGCGACAAUCAACCCACAGCGUCCAGUGUACAACAGGCGCCCUUCCAAGGCAACCCACAACAGCCUGUACCGGCGCCGGCCGGCCGCCUACCGCAUCCCGAAAUACCGGCAGACUCUCUAUUCGGCGUUCCCCAAGCAGACAAGCCUGCGGAAAUCCUCGAACGCGAGAAGAUGGGCCUGCAGUUUAGUUUCGAGACGAAACUGCGGCUGGCUGCCGUGGAGGAGUGCCUGGCAGCCAACAACUGGAACUACGCUUUAGCCAUGAAGAACUUCAUGGAGCUAAAAGCGCAAGGGGCAAUCCCGGCGGAGAAGUUUAUACCUGGUGUUUAGGAAACCUCCGUGGACAAUGGAGGCAAUGUGGUCAUGGUGGACCUGGGGGAUUAUUAAAACCAAUGUUAUUAUUACACAGAAUGGGCCUUUGAGCAUGGCGCUCGUUUGGAUAGCAUUUUUAGCAUCAUUAUGCUCCUAGGAGCAAGCCCCAUAGGAGGGCGAA